CUACGUCAGCAGUGAUACAAACAUGGCGGAGUCCUCAGCGCGGCCGCCGGGCUGCACCGCUCCUGCGUUGAUAUUCACUUUCCUCGCCACGUUGUUGUUCCAGCGAAGCGUCGGGGACAUGGUCUCCGGUGCGUCCGCGACGGAGGAGGCUCUCCACCGCCGCUUCGAGUACAAGUACAGCUUCAAGGGUCCUCACCUGGCGCAGGGCGACGGCAGCAUCCCCUUCUGGAUCCACUCGGGAAAUGCUAUCCCCAGUGCAGACCAGGUGCGCAUCACCCCGUCUCUCAGGAGCCAGAAGGGCUCCGUGUGGACGAAGAACCCAGUCAACUUCGAACACUGGGAGGCCGAGGUGACCUUCAGAGUAUCUGGAAGAGGCAGGAUGGGAGCGGACGGUUUGGCUGUGUGGUUCACGACGGCACAAGGCCUCGACGGCCCAGUGUACGGAGCCGCCGACCACUGGAACGGACUUGGAAUUUUCUUUGACUCUUUUGACAACGAUGGAAAGAAAAAUAACCCGUCCAUAAUAGUUGUGGGAAACAAUGGCAACCUUGCUUAUGACCACCAAAAUGACGGCACCACACAAGCUCUCGGCACAUGCUUACGAGACUUCCGCAACAAACCGUAUCCUGUCAGAGCCAAAAUAACAUACUACAAGAAGACACUGACGGUGAUGAUCAACAACGGUUUCACUCCAGACAAAGACGACUAUGAGUUCUGCACAAAGAUUGACAACAUGGUCAUUCCCACUGAGGGCUUCUUUGGCAUUUCGGCCGCCACCGGUGGUUUAGCAGAUGACCAUGAUGUCUUGUCCUUCUUGUUAUUCAGACUCACAGAACCAGGCCAGCAACCGCCCCCACCUGAAUCUGAGAUUCCUAAAGAAGAGAAGGACAAGUACCAGGAGGAAUUUCAGAACUUCCAGCAAGAGCUCGACAAAAAGAAAGAGGAGUUUCAGAAAGAGCACCCAGACGUCCAAGGAGAGCCAAUUGAGGACCUGUAUGAGACCGUGAAUGACAGGGAGAUCCGGCAGGUGUUUGAAGGCCAGAACCGGAUCCAUCUGGAGAUCAAACAGCUCCACCGGCAGCUCGCCAUGAUCCUGGACGAGCAGCGCAGAUACGUCUCCGUUAUCACCGAUGAGGUCGCCAAAAAGGGGGCAAACGUUGAGUCGGGACAGGUCGAUUCUGUCAAUCCACAGUUGAGCACCGUCUUGUCUACCCAGCAAGAGGUUCUCAGAAACCUGAACGAUCUAAAAAGCUCCUUCCACGAGUCGCUGAAACAGAUCGGCUCAGCCCAGCUCCAGGGAAAUGCAGCUGGUAUCGGAACAUAUGAGACCAUUCAGCACUUCAACGAAAUCAAGGAGCAUCUGCACACGGUCAAAAGAGACGUGGAUCACCUGGUGCAGCGCAGUGCUCAGAAUCCUGCUGAGAAGAUCGUAAAGUGCCCUGACCCACCUCCUGUGCCUUCCUGCUUAUCCACCAUUCAUUUUAUAAUCUUCAUCGUCAUCCAGUCAGUCCUGUUCUUCUGCUACAUCAUGUACAAAACUCAACAAGAAGCUGCAGCAAAGAAAUUCUUUUGAUGAAAUUCUGAAAUGAAAUUGUGUAAAUGAGGGAAUGUCCAUUUUGGUAAUUUUUUUUGGUUUAAAUAUUUUCAGAUUGUAAGUUAUUUUAUUUGAAAAGAAUAAUUUUGUCGAUGGAGUUUAUUUUAAUUAAUUGCAGAUUUUUAAUUUGAUCAAUCAUUGUGUAUAAAUGCUAGUGUGAGACUUCCAUCCUGAUGCUAUAACUUCCUUGCAGUAUUUCUGAUCAGUCAGAUCCGUAGAUUUUGUUUUCUAAAGCUGAAUCUGCCACAGUCCCAUUCCACGAAACCAACCUGAAAACAAAAGAAAUCUACCUGUGUUUUGACUUGUGCAAUUUUGUAUAAAAGAAUGCUGAGCACUUGGUGAACAAAACUCAAA